AUGAGAACAGAGCCUGAGGGGAAGAAGGGGCAGGCAGGAACGCUCACAAACACACCAGCAUUUAUAUCCUCAAGUACACCUGGACAUCAUCCCAACGAAAACGUACAGGCACCCUCCCCCACACGCCCACAAACCCCACCCACACCCGCCCACAUCCGCCCACCCACACCGCCCAAAUCCGUCCACCCACACCGCCCACAUCCGUCCACCCACACCGCCCACACCCGUCCACCCACACCCACCCACACCGCCCACAUCCGUCCACCCACACCGCCCACACCCCCCACACUCGUCCACCCACACCCACCCACACCGCCCACACCCGUCCAUCCACACCCGCCCACAUCCGUCCACACACCCACACCGCCCACAUCCGUCCACUCACACCGCCCACCUCUGACCACCCUACACCCCACCCACACCGCCCACCUCCGUCCACCCACACCCAUCCACCUCCGUCCACCCACACCGCCCACACCCGUCCACCCACACCCGCCACAUCCGUCCACACACCCACACCGCCCACAUCCGUCCACUCACACCGCCCACCUCUGA